AGACCACACUGUCCUUGCAGUCCUCACAUUCCAGACGUCUCAGUGCUUUCACUGCCCAGAGAUAAUAUUCACGGCGAGCAGACAUUUGCGUCAGUGUCAGAUACGUCUCAAUGCCACCCUGCCCCAGGGGGAGCGCAGCGGGCAGACGGGCCGGGCUGGCAAGUAGGAGCCCACGGCAGAGCCCCUCGAGCUGCCCCACGGCCAUGCUGCUCCUCCUGCACCUGCUGCCUGCCGUGCUGCCUGCCAGUGCCCUGGGCAGCUGCACCGGGGCCGGCGCCGACCGACAGCUCGUCCUGGCCAAGGUGCGGGCACGGGUGCUGGAGCAUUUGAGCCCCCCGGCCAUGCAGGAGCCCCAAAAGGAUGUGAGGAGGGUGCACCGCAGAGAUGUCCUCGAAGAGGUGGAGGUGCCGCCUGAGGAGCAGGAGGACACAUCCCAGGUGAUUCUCUUCCCUUCCACAGACGUGCCGUGCGAGCCCACGCAGCCAGACAAGCUGCUGGAGGAAGAAGGCAUCUUCACUUACCUCUUCCAGCCCUCGGCGCACGCCCUGAGCCGCACGCUGACAUCCGCCCAGCUCUGGUUCUACAGCGGCCCCUCGGCUGCUCCCAACCACUCGGCCCCCGCUGUGCUGACCCUCUCACCGCAGGGCAGGGUGCCGGUGGUGGCCACAGCGUCGCGGACACCGGAGCACUGGACCGUGUUUGACUUCGGCCCCGAUGCGCUGCCCCAGCUGGCACAGCCGCUCUUCGUGCUCCUGGUGCGCUGCCCCGGCUGCCCCUGCCUGGCCGAUGGGGACAAGAUGCCCUUCCUGGUGGCCACUACCCGUGCCAAGGCAGCCGGGAGGGCUCGCCGCUCCGCCGUGCCCUGGUCGCCGGCUGCGCUCAGCCUGCUGCAGCGCCCAUCGGAGGACGUGGCCGCCCACACCAACUGCCGCCGGGCGUCCCUCAACAUCUCUUUCGAGGAGCUGGGCUGGGACAAUUGGAUCGUGCACCCCAGCAGCUUCGUUUUCCACUACUGCCACGGGAACUGUGCCGAAGGCCAUGGGCUGAGCCAUCGGCUGGGGGUGCAGCUGUGCUGCGCCGCGCUGCCCGGCACCAUGCGCUCGCUGCGUGUCCGCACCACCUCUGAUGGUGGCUACUCCUUCAAGUACGAGACGGUGCCCAACAUCCUGGCGCAGGACUGCACCUGUGUCUAGCAGCUGGCAUGGCACGGCCAGACCCGCGUGGAUCUCCCCGUUGCCUCUGGACUGCCCCAGUGCCAGAUGAUGAGCCCAUCCCAGGGAUGGAGGAGUCACUCACACGGGCACUGUGCAGCCCGGAGCAGGGAGAGGGACCCAGGUGGAAGUUUUGGUGGUGCCACCCUCCCUUUGACAGCCAGGGUUUCAUGGUUUCAGGUUGCGUGGGUGCUGCAGCCCUGCCCCAGGGCUGUGGCCAGCCCGCAGCGCGCCAGCUGUGCCCUGCAAUGGCAGCCCAGUGCCUGGAGCCGGCUCACCCACAUCUCUCCUCCCACAAGAAAGAGGAGCUGCGGAGCGCAGCCACCUCCCCCUGCUCCCAGGGACAGGACAGGGACAGAUGGAUGUGCCAGGGCAUGUCCACGCUGGGGCUCACACAGGUGGCGAGGCUGGUGGCACGCGAGCAGCAGCGGCAGAACCUGUUUGCAAGAUCAGUGAGGCAAGAGAAAUAAACCUGCUUUCUUUAC